GAGGCGGAGCCCUACCUGCUGCAGGGCGGCACGGUGAACAGCAUGGAGAGCUCCCAGUCCGUUCCCAGUAUGUCCAUCUCGGCCAGCUCCCAGUCCAGCUCCGUCAACAGCCUGGCGGACGCCUCCGACGACAGCAGCGGCGACAUGGCCAUCCUGCAGGAGGGCGAGAACACCGUCACCUCCAACAGCUCCAUCAUCCACCGCCCCACGGGUCAGGACAACAUCUACGACGACCCGUACCAGCCGGAGCUGGAGCAGCCGCAGGCCCCGUCCGCCGGGCGCCGCCGGGCCUUCUACCGGAACCGGGACCACUUCGCCACCAUCCGGACCGCCUCCCUGGUGACCCGUCAGAUCCAGGAGCACGAGCAGGGCUCGGCGCUGCGGGACCAGAUGUCCGGCUACAAGCGCAUGCGGCAGCUGCACCAGAAGCAGCUGCUGGGCCUGGAGAACAAGCUGAAGGCCGAGAUGGACGAGCACCAGCUGAAGCUGGACAAGGAGCUGGACGCCCAGAGGACCGGCUUCUCCGCCGAGCUCGACAAGCUGGCCCGCAAGAACCAGGCCGUCCUGGAGAAAGAGGUCAAAGCCGCUCUGGCCGAGGAGAAGAAGUUCCAGCAGCAGAUCCUGGGCCAGCAGAAGAAGGAGCUCAACUGUCUGCUGGACUCCCAGAAGCGCCAGUACCGCCACCGCAAGGAGCUGCUGAAGGAGGAGCUGAGUGAGAACCAGUCGACCCCCAAGAGGGAGAAGCAGGAGUGGCUGAUCCAGCAGAAGGAGGUGAUGCAGCAGCUGAUGGCGGAGGAGGAGGCCGGCCUGCUGCGGCGCCAGAGGCAGUAUUAUGACCUGCAGUGCCGCCAGUACAAGAGGAAGAUGCUGCUGGCUCGCCACAACCUGGAGCAGGACCUGCUGCGAGAGGAGCUGAACAAGAAGCAGAUCCAGAAGGACCUGGAGUGCGCAAUGCUGCUGCGGCACCACGAAUCCACCCAGGAGCUGGAGUUCCGGCAGCUCGGCUCGGUCCAGAGAACCCGGGCCGAGCUGAUCCGGACCCAGCACCAGACAGAGCUCACCAACCAGAUGGAGUACAACAAGCGGCGCGAGGACGAACUGCGGCAGAAACACGCCGUGGAGGUCCGGCAGCAGCCCAAGAGCCUCAAGUCCAAAGAGGUCCAGAUCAAGAGGCAGUUCCAGGAGACCUGCAAGAUCCAGACCCGGCAGUACAAGGCGCUCCGGAACCACCUGCUGGAGACCACGCCCCGGUCCGAACACAAGCUGGUUCUGAAGCGGCUGAAGGACGAGCAGACCCGGAAGCUGGCCAUCCUGGCCGAGCAGUACGACCACUCGGUCAACGACAUGCUGUCCACGCAGGCCGUCAGCAAGCUGCGGCUGGACGAGACGCAGGAGGCAGAGCAGCAGGCGCUGCGGCUGCAGCUGCAGCAGGAGCUGGAGCUGCUCAACGCCUACCAGAGCAAGAUCAAGAUCCACACGGACGGGACGCACGACCGCGAGGCGCAGGAGCUGGAGGCGCGGGUGGCGCUGCGCCGCGCGCUGCUGGAGCAGAGGAUCGAGGAGGAGAUGGUGGCGCUGCAGGCGGAGCGGUCGGAGCGGAUCCGGACACUGCUGGAGCGCCAGGCCCGGGAGGUGGAGGCGUUCGACUCGGAGAGCCUGCGGCUGGGCUUCAGCGGCAUGGCGCUGGGCGCCGCCGACGGCUACCCGCCGCCAGGCCCGGCCGCCGGACCCGGAGGCUGGCCAGCCCGGCCCGUCCCGCGCUCCGGCGGCCACUGGAGCCACGGCCUCCAGAACUCGCCGGCCGGCCCGGCCUGGCGCGGCCAGAACCACGGCGCCGGCUUCGGUCGGCCCGAGCCGAGAGCCCGUGCCCCCUCUCACCACCAGCAGCAGCUGUACCAUCACCACCAGAGCACGCCGCAGCUGUACCGCGACGAGCGCGACGGCCGGGAGCGCCAGGCCCGGGAGUGGCCCUCCGGUGGCCAUUACUCCCAGCAUGCCCGGGGCCUCCAGCAGCUCUCCUACCACGCCUCCUCACAGUCGCUGGCCGUGCUGCCUCCCGCCGCGCCUCCCCCCAUCUCCUUCUCUUGCUCCUCCCCCGCCUCCUCUGCCUCCUCCUCUUCCUCCUCGCAGGGCGGCUACGGCGGCGGCCUGGGCGUCCGCGGCCCCGGCCUGACCCUCAGGAACAGCCCCCAGCCGCUGAGGCGCACGGCGUCCGGAGGCCCUGGUGGGGGCGUCGCCGGCGACGGGGGGCUCAGCCGGAGCACCUCUGUCACCUCCCACAUCUCCAACGGCUCUAACCUGUCCUUCUCCUGAGACGUCCGCCUGCGGCCUUCCCAGGAGCCACCAGGUGGCGUCACAGAGGGGCCACGUGGCGCUCAGCAGCUCCUGGGAGUCAGCAGCCGUCUCCGAGCGGUCCGAGGAAGCGGCGCUCCAGGACGCUCCACCAGGCGCUUCACACCACAGGAACACCACCCAUCUACUGAGCUCUGAGGAGCGUCCUGGAGCUGCAGCUCCUCCAGAGACAGCAGGCAGUUGGCCCUGAGGGACCGGAGAUGAGAACCCGACGGUCUGGUCCAACUGAAGGCGAUGUUCAUCAGAACCUCAGGAGGCCCGGUCCUCAGACCGUCGAUCCCUCGUGGCUCAGAAGCCUUGACAUCAUCAGGAACCCAGACGUUCCUGACGAGUCGUGUUGCUGAUCCAGAUAUCUCCUCUGUUGGUUCCGACCCGCUGAGUUGCACAGAGACCGGGGCAGAGCUGAUGUGGACGUGUGUAAAUACGGGCGUCCAGCAGGGGGCAGCGUUGAUGCCGCUGCUGUUCUCUGCCAGGUUGACCCAAAACGAUCGGGUUCAGGACCUGGAGUCGUCUGCAGGUUUCGUUCGUUCUGAUCCCCAGUCGGAACUUUUCUAGCGAACCGGUCGGAUCCUGGAGGACCCAGAUCAGUGAGCAACAUUAAUCCUCAGGAUUAAAUAACUUCAGCUGGAAUGUUGAUGAUGUAAUUCCUGCUGGAUGCAGAGAUCAGAGACACUAACAGGAUCAUCUGACUGAGGACCCAGCAAACCGGGAAUCCUGCACACCUGUCCUCCAAUCAGAAGCCGCCGUGUGUGUGUGUGUGUGUGUGUGUGUGUGUGUGGACGCAGCACCAACGGCUCAUCAAACAGGUCCGUCUGCCUCUGCAGGUCAGACGGCCGCAUGGAGUCGCUGUACAGUGAUGCACACUACCUAUUUAUAGAGCUGUGACACCAGGUGAGGCAGGUGUCCUGAUGGGGGCGCUGUUCAACACUCUGACUGGUGUUAUUAUUGUUGUACAUAGAAGCACUAACUUUAAGACUGUAAUAAGUAAUAAUGAUUAUUUUGUCACGUGAUUUAAGCCAAUUUGUACUAGAAGCAGGCAGACGCCAUCCCAUAAUAACUACUGCUGCAGUCGGAGUAUUUAUGUUAAGAUGUCAUUGCCUAUGUUGACCACUAGUUGGGAAAUAAACGCAAUGUUACUGUGAUAGAACUAUAAGAAUUAAAUAUUUCCAGGAGGA